AUGGGAGCCUCUAUCAGAAGGCUGGAAUCCCAUUUCAUGGGAGACGCUCCCGAGUCCGAUGUUCCUCGCACGGCCGCCAAGAAGUUCUCCGUCAGCACAAAAGGCGUCACACCUCAAACACUCGUUGUCGAUGUCUUUGUGAAUAUUUUUGUGGAGAACUAUCCAGAUGGUAUGGCCUUGGAACAAAACAGCAAAGAGUGGAACGACAUGACCGAAAGGGAGAAGAAGAGUCACCGCAAUCGCUUCAGUCAAAUCAAGCAUGCCGUGAGGAUGGUGUUGAUGCAUGCAGAUUCCUUUCCCCCGACCUCUGACAAGCAGUUUAAGCAAACUCUCCGGAAGAUAGCAAUCGCGGCUGUGGAUUGCAUCCGUGACUCUUUCGACUUCAGAUCGAGAACCAUCACCUUUAAUAAGUUAGCAGACCACUCGAAGACUAAAGAGCGCGAGAAAACCCUGGAGUUUCCACCUAACACUCCGGAAGAUAUACGUAAGAUCUUUAACUAA